UUGACGUACUCAAAUCCGGUGAUGCUCGUGUGGCGCUUAUUGGGUUUCCAAGUGUCGGAAAGUCCACAUUGCUGUCAACUUUAACAAAAACCGAAAGUGAAGCGGCCAACUAUGAAUUCACAACAUUGACAUGUAUUCCCGGUGUCAUCGAAUACAGAGGGGCAAAUAUUCAAUUGCUCGAUUUACCGGGAAUCAUCGAAGGUGCCGCUCAAGGCAAAGGUCGAGGUCGUCAGGUAAUCGCUGUUGCGCGUACCGCUGAUGUUGUCAUCAUGAUGUUGGACGCAACAAAGCCCAAUGUACAUCGUGAUUUGUUGGAGAAAGAAUUGGAAUCGGUCGGAAUACGCUUGAAUAAAGAGAAACCAAAUAUUUAUUUCAAGCAAAAGAAGGGCGGCGGUCUGAGCUUCAACUCAACACUUAACCUAACGAAAUGCAAUGAAAAAAUGGUUCAAUCGGUUUUGCAAGCAUUCAAAAUUCACAACGCUGAAGUUCUCUUCCGUGAUGAUUGUGAUGUUGAACAAUUCAUUGAUGUUGUAACCGAUAAUCGUGUCUACUUACCCUGUCUCUAAGUGUACAACAAACAACUCGACGUCGAUCCCCGAGCAUGCAUUGGUUCAUUCUUUGGUCGUAUCCAAUUAGCAGAUAUCGAGUAUAAGAAACACUUUGAUCUCGAGGUGGAACAAUUCAAACAGCGUAUCACGAAGCGUGCCGCUGAGAAAAUUGAAGCAACACUCGCCGAACAAGAAGUAAGAAAGACAAAAAUUGAUUUCAUUUUGGGACAGAAAUCGAAAUUGAUUCCGAUUGGAGAUAUUAAAUUAUUUGAAAUAAACCGUUUUUUACGAGGAAAAAAAA